AUGCCGCCCCGCAAGAAGGCCAAGAAGUCGGAGUCGGAGAGCGAGGAGCCCUCAGAGUUUGAGCCCUCUGCGUCUGAGGGCUCGGCAGGCAGCACCGGUGGCGGCGCCUCCGACGCGUCCGACGACUCCGACUUUGGCGGCUCCAAGCGCAAGAAGCCCACCGCGGCCGCCGCUGCCAAGAAGAAGCCUGCCGCGGCCGCGACCGCAGCCGCGCCCAAGGCCGGCGCCAAGAAGAAGAUCUCCGCCGUCGCGGCGCCGAAGCGCAAGGCGCCCGCGGCAAAGGCGGAGGCGGCCGCUGUCGAUGGGUCUGAGGAAGGAGAGGGCGGCCACGAGGACGAGCAGCCCAAGAAGAAGCGGGCGCCCGCCAAGAAGAAGGAUUUCCAGCCCAAGGCGGACGACCCCUGGAGCUACGAGGGGCGCAACCUGAUCUGGAGGGACUUUGGAGGAACACAGCCGGGCGAGAAGAUCGCAGCUUUUGACCUGGACGGCACCCUCAUCAACACGGCAUCGGGUCGGCAGUUUGCCGCCAACAGCACCGACUGGAAGUUCUACAACAAGCACGUGGUCAAGAAGGUCAAGGAGUACGCAGAUGACGGCUACAAGAUCGUGAUUUUCAGCAACCAGGGCCAGAUCAAGUCUGCCGUUGACCUCAAGGCAGCAGACAACGUCAAGAAGAGGGUCGAGGCCGUGGUGGAGCAGCUGGACGUGCCUGUGCAGGUGUUCCUGGCCCCCCAGAACGACCAGUACCGCAAGCCCGAGACCGGCAUGUGGCGCUACAUGGUUGAGAACUGCAACGGCGGCGUCACCCCCAGCCUUUCCGAGUCCUUUUUUGUGGGCGACGCGGCGGGGCGGCCGGCGGACGCUGCGACGGGCAGCAUAAAGGACUUCAGCGACAGCGACAAGGCCUUUGCUCAGGCGGUCGGCAUCAGCUUCAAGCUGCCGGAUGACGAAUUCGGCGCCAUGGAGGGCAAGCGGGCGCUGGACGCGGGCGCCAGGGCGGCGGCGCGCGAGACGCUGGCCGCGGGCGAGGGCCCCAACGCGCAGCUGCUCAGUGCCCUGAGCACGUACGCAGACGAGUGCUUCGACACCGCCAAGACCAGUGGCGAUGACAAGUACAAGUGGAAGGCCACCGCCAUGAAGAAGGCAGUCACCAGCCUGGCCACCUUCUCAGACCCCAUCACGCUGGACUCGCUCAAGGCGGUGCUCAAGCUGCCAGGCGUGGGCAAGGGGACGGUAGACAAGCCGCAGCCGCUGCUGCUGCUGUCGCCCCGCGACAGGUGGCGGCCGGCUGCGGCGGCUGCAGCGGCGCGGCCGCGGCCGCGGCCGCGGCCUGGCGGCGCCGCGGACGGCUGGGGGGUUGGAGGCGAAGGAAGCGGCGGCAGCAUUUCAAUGGUUCCAUGCAGCCGCGGCAUCGGCGGCUGCAAACACAUAUCUACCUGCAGCGGCAGCGGCUGUGGCAGUAGCUCCUGGCAGCAGCAUCCGGUGUUGCAGCCUGUACAUGCCCCGCCGCUGCUCAGUGCGCGGCUGCCGGUCCUGGUGCCGCGGCCAAAGCUGCUGGCCGCUGUUAUCAAGGAGUACCUCACAACCGGCAAGGUGGAGCUGGGUGCCGCCGACCCCGAGGCAGCUGCCAAGCGGGAGGCGAUCGCCAAGGAGGGCAACAAGCGGCAGGAGGCGGCGAUAGCCUUCCUGUGA